AAGUGAGAAAGUGAGAAAGUGAGAAAGUGUGGUGUGUUUCAGAGUCACAGCGAUUAUUAUUCUUUUUUAAAAGUGUAGUGUAGUGCAGUGCAGGUCAAGGCGAGGGUCGAGUCCAGACUCCAGAUCCAUUUCUUUUCUCUCUCUCUAAUCAAAUCAAAUCAAAUCGAAUCAGUUGGGUUGCGAAUUGCGAUUGUUCUUCCUUUCUUAUUUCCAAAAAAAUAUAAAACCCUAAACUAAACUAAAUCCCGUUUUCGGCGAGAUCGAGAUCGAACAUGGAUGAAGAGUACGAUGUGAUCGUGUUGGGCACGGGUCUCAAGGAGUGCAUUCUCAGCGGUCUUCUCUCCGUCGAUGGCCUCAAGGUUCUUCACAUGGAUAGGAAUGACUAUUACGGAGGAGAAUCCACUUCACUCAAUCUUAUUCAGCUUUGGAAGAGAUUCAGGGGAGAUGACAAGCCUCCUCCACAUUUGGGCGCUAGCAGGGACUAUAACAUCGAUAUGAACCCUAAGUUUAUUAUGGCUAAUGGCAAUCUAGUGCGGGUUCUCAUUCACACCGAUGUUACUAAGUAUCUCUCCUUUAAAGCUGUGGAUGGGAGCUACGUGUUUAAUAAAUCAAAGGUUCACAAGGUGCCCUCAAACGACAUGGAGGCCUUAAAGUCCCCACUUAUGGGGAUAUUUGAAAAGCGCCGAGCACGCAAGUUUUUCAUUUAUGUGCAAAACUAUAAUGAGAGUGAUCCCAAAACCCACGAGGGGAUGGACUUGACUAGAGUCACUACUAAAGAGUUGAUAGCAAAAUAUGGCCUUGAUGAUAACACUAUAGACUUCAUUGGUCAUGCUUUGGCUCUUCAUAGAGAUGAUCGCUACUUGUCUGAGCCAGCAUUGGACACUGUGAAGAGAAUGAAGUUAUACGCGGAGUCUCUUGCACGCUUUCAAGGAGGGUCACCUUACAUAUAUCCUUUGUAUGGUUUAGGAGAGCUUCCCCAGGCAUUUGCACGUCUUAGUGCUGUUUAUGGUGGAACAUACAUGUUGAAUAAGCCUGAGUGCAAGGUUGAAUUUGACGAUGAAGGAAAAGUUGUUGGUGUCACAUCUGAAGGGGAAACUGCAAAGUGCAAAAAAGUUGUUUGUGAUCCAUCAUAUUUGCCCGGCAAGGUGAGGAAGGUUGGUAGGGUUGCAAGGGCAAUAGCCAUCAUGAGCCACCCAAUUCCCAGCACUGAUGAAUCCCAUUCAGUGCAAAUUAUUUUACCACAGAAACAGUUAGGUCGGAAGUCAGACAUGUACCUAUUUUGUUGUUCAUACACUCACAAUGUUGCUCCAAAGGGAAAAUUUAUUGCGUUUGUAUCAACCGAGGCAGAGACAGAUCAACCAGCAAUUGAACUAAAACCUGGAAUUGACCUACUAGGACCUGUUGAUGAGAUAUUUUUUGAUAUCUAUGACAGAUACGAACCGGUCAAUGAAUGUACUUUGGACAACUGCUUUAUUUCAACGAGUUAUGAUGCUACUACUCACUUUGAGUCAACUGUGGAUGAUGUUCUCAACAUGUAUACAUUGAUAACGGGAAAGGUUAUUGACCUGAGUGUGGAUCUUAGUGCUGCGAGUGCUGCAGAAGAGUAAAGAAAACUGGGAUAUCUCCUUUAUGAUCUGUUGCUGAUGGUGAAUGUUAUUAACGUUUAUAAUAAAUUAUGGUAUAAAAUGUUUUCGUUUUUAAAAAAGAUUUGUGUGGCUGGGGAACUUUUCCCAUCCAGAAGCUCUGUCGUGCGUAUUAAAUUUAUGUUGACAUACAUGAUAUUAUGCCUUCUGCAGUGGUUUUAGUUUUUGGUAAUGUAGUCUUAUUUUCAUAUUGUUAA